GCUCGAGGCUUCGCGCGAGCCCGACAUGUCGAGUUGGUGGAAGAGCAACUUUUACGAGCGGGUGUCACUCUGGGAUGACGUUCCACCGGUGUUGGUGUUGUUGAGCGACGUGGAGGAACCGCGAAGUGAAGUUGUUUCGCUGUGUUUGUCUGGCUGUCAGAGUGAAAUGAGCUUCAACAGGUGUCUCCCUUCCCCCAAACACACACACACCCGGCUCCGGUGUGGCACGGCGUGUUUGAGCUCUUCAGCUGAGCUGAGGAGCAGCUGAUGGUUGGUGUGGCCCACCGGACACCUGUCUUCCAGCGGGACUGUUGGACUGCUUCCGGGCUGCUCAGAGCUCUCACCCCCGUGUUGUUUUUGCAUUGACGUCAUCCAGUGCCAGGAGGAGUCCACUGAAACUCCACGGUACAUGAAGGUGAAUGUAACACAAGAGACUGUGGUCCUUCCAGGAGCCAACAGUGGCAUGUGAAGGUCCGAGCUCAUGAGACCGUGCGUGUGUGUGCGUGUGCGUGUGCGUGUGUGUGUGAGAGAGUGAGUGAGUGAGUGAGUGAGUGUGAGCGGCUGCAAUCUUUGACGCUCCAGCUUCACUUGACUGACCUUACAGAUUUCAACAGGUGUCCAGGCUGCAGUUGCCUCCCCCCAACACACUCGCUCACCCACCCCUGUGCCAACUGUGGCCCAGAUUGAUCAGUAACACGGCGCGUUUGCAGCUGCCAUUCUUUCGCAGCUCAGAGCCGCUCAGGCGGUGACACGGCGCUCCAUUUCAGGGCCGGUGCUGUGUUCCUGUCAGCUGUGGAGCUUGUGUGUUUGCUCUGUGACAUCUUCUGCGUGCAUGUUGUUACGGCUCCUAAUGCCACGGCGACAGAUCACCCUCACAGUGGCCUGUGGUUUGGAGCAGCAGCCUGACUGCAGGGAAGCCUUCUGUAAAGCCCUGUGACUCGACGGGCUGAAAUGCCAUCAGCAACUUAGACGCAGCCUGUUUGUUUCCAUUCUGAACUGCCUUUAAGAUAAGGGGCGAAAGCGUAAUUGCGAGCUCUUUUAUUGGGCUGAACAUUUAAAAGGCCACCGUAAGUUCUCAGAAGAAACGUGUGUGUAUGGUCUCUUGUGGCAGGUUUGACUGACAUCACUGACCUGUGUCAGACUUUACGUGAUUUGAGUGUUUGAGCGUUGAGUUCGUGGAUUUGGAGCGUUCACUCUUGGGUUGUUAUCAACAAGUGUUAUUACACCGUCGUUCACCAUUAAAAAAAAACCAAUCGCAUUGGUUUCUUCAUCUCUGCUCAUAACCCCUGGCAGUUUGUUAGGCGUUUGUUUUUUUUGUCCAAACACAACACAGGUCCCCAUUAUUUCACCUUUGCUAACAAGUUUCUUGUCUGUUUGCACCAGUAGACUCAGCGAUGUUGAGGUAGCACGCUCUGCUCGAGUUACAUCAGUCCUGCAGCACGGUGAGGCCAAGUUCAGCCGUCUUCUCAGGAAAACACACCUGAGAUGGGCUCGCCACCUUUAGGCAACCAAAGUAUUGCCUUAGUCCUGCUAAGAUAGGACAAAAUGCAUGAACAUAGCUUGGUCUGCAGGAGAGAAAGUGCAAUUUCUCCUAGUCAGACAACCUAGCAUGUUGCCAUUUAGCGCGACUGCGAUUGGACUGGGUGGUGUGUGGCUACGCUGCUCUUCAGCCGACCUCGCAGUGACGCUGAUCUGAAGAUUAGUCUUCAACACCCUUCACUCAGGUUGCUUUGAUCGUCCCCUCUCACCAGAAGAUAAGAUGACAUGGCCACCACGCUAUCGCAUGCUCGAGGCUCAUCCACUGAAGGUGUGCAGCACAGCUCUGUGAAAAGAAAACAGACUCCCCUGAAUAUUAAUGUCAUUCAGAAACCAUCCAGAAAUCUGCUGCAGGAAGUGCAUUGACGAUGAUGACAGCUCCAAGAUGGCGAUGGCGCUGAACCUUUUCGCUCCUCUGCAUGUAAAGAACUUGAUGCAAUCGGACCUGGCGGCUCAAUGGAGCUGUUGCCUGACUCUUCAUGGAACCGUACUGAACUCACAACCUCUACCAAACUGGGUCCUGGUAUCGGAUCAGUGGAAUGUCGGUUUUAGUUCCGAAGUUCAGGUGUUGGGAUUGGAUCUGUAGUCCAGUAAUGUGGACGCAUCCCUAGUGGUUAAUUUGGUCAGAAGCGAUGAACCCUGAGAGGAGGUCCUCCAGAAGGUGCACUGAAAGAAGUCUGGCGUCGGCAUGUUGAUCCAAACGGAGCUUAUUGUUGGUGCUGGGUUAGAGUGACUGAGAACAUUUUCAGUCAAGUUGAACAGAAACGCCCCACUGUGUGACUCUCACCCCUGCAUGCCUGAUCAAGCUGUCGCUCUUCACCAGAGUAGCACUGCUUUGUUGUGCAGUUUUGCAGACACACCCCUCUGCCUGUCUGAGCGCGCGUGUGUGUGUGCGUGUGUGUGUGUCAGGUCCACUGUUUUUGGUCCCAGCAGGCUCUUCCUGUCAAACAAAGCUCUGAGCUAAGACUGUUUGUGUGAAGCCGAGAUCUUUAAUAUAAACUUGGAGAACAAUCUGUGACUGUGUUUGGAAACAUUAGGAAGUAUUGCUUGUUGCUUUGCUGGACACCAAAUGACUCUUCGCCCUUCAACCACCGUUAAGAUACCAGAGUGAGAGCGAGAAAGAUGAGUGCAUUGUUAGUGACACAUUUCUUGUGAGCGACUCACAAGUUUGUCGGCGUUAUCAAAGUGCUACCUUGGUGGGACGCGUCUCUUACUUGGAGGACACUCGAAUGCCACCUGAGUUUGUCAGACUAGAAGAGACUUUUACCAGAGGACAGGUGAAGCUAAACAAGAGUCUGUAGGACUGUGGCUGCACCUGACUCGCUGGGACCUGUCUAUUUUAACCCUGGAUACUGGCUGAACCCUCAGUAACCAGAGUCUAGAUGUGGUGCAUCAAACGUCUCUGCCUUGAUUGUCUUCAGCGAGUGUCACGGUGCUAACACGUCAGAGAGGACCGCAGCUCCUCGCGGGAUUUUUGAAACUGUGGUGGAGCCACCGCACAGGUGCUUAUGCAACUGAUGCGCAUAGAAACAGAGCUAUCAAGGAAUGUAAACUGUUUAAAUACAUGAGCUGUCUGACACGAAUCGGACGAGAUGACGAGCCUUUCUCAGCGCUGGAGGAUUCCUUCUACAUCAUGUCCCCAGAAGCUCCCAUCAGAACUCCCACGGGAUGAGGCGGGUGUUAGCAUUUGGUUCUGAGGCUGGAUGUGCCGUGGAGCGGAGAGAAUCACAAACCUUUCAUAUUUGGGACAGACUUUCCUUUUCGCCUGUCUGAGUGAAGGGAGUUUACUGAACCAUACAAAUGUGUAGUGGACCACCCACCGUCCUUCCCACUCUCCAUGUGUGACCGCACUGGGCCUGAACGAUUCAUUGCAUUUGCGAUUAUACCGCAAUAUGAUAAAACCUGACUUUCUAACCGUAAGGCUGCGAUUUGACUGGUCUCGUGACUUUCGCGUUGGUGGCGCAGCGCAACGGUGAGCUUUAGCCAUUGAGCUGUAAAUGACGGCUUUAGCCUAUGAAGGUAAAACGGGUAAAAAGUGGCACGUACCCGUAACACAAGACUCGUAUCCAUGCGUCAGAGGCACAUACGCGUCACUGCAGAUUUGCGUCCGUAAACCCCGUGGCAUGUGCGUGUAAAAAGAAGAUUUACAUUCAUACAAACAGGAAAAGUCAUUUGGCCUUCAUUCUCUAAGUGCACAGAUACAAGUGGCUAAACAUGAUCUCUUGAAACUGCAAUUGUGACACAUUGCUAAGUUUUCCACCUCAACCUCAAGAACACGAUCCGUAUGUGCGUGCACCCUUUUGCACCUCUUCUGGCUGCACCUGUAAAUAAAACUGAUCGGCUGCAGCGACAUCCCAUCUCAUGGCGGUAUACAAAGAAUUUGGAUAGAAGGCGAUUCUCACCGUUACCACUGAUAGAAAGACAGACGGUAAGUGCUUCAUUUACCCACGUCGCUUUUCCUCGGAAGAUUGAUGCAAUAUAAUGGCGCAGCGUAUCGCUGCGGCCGAUUGGACAAUAGACGUCAUGGAGUGAGUGGUUAAAGCCACAUAUUGGUUUGCAUUAUUGUUGUAAUAUGCACUUUAGUUUGUGUGAUUCGUCAGUUUAGUAAGUCUACAGUUGGAACUGUAGUAGACAAAUAAACCAUCUUUCAUUUGAAUUCAUGCUUCAUUUGCCUUUAUCUUAACAUAAGAAUAGCCUAUAAGGAAGAACAAUUAUUUAUACUGAAUCACAUAUGGUUUAUUACAAUGCAGAUUGAUUUAUGAGUUGUGUUUGCUGUAAAAUACAUGAGAAGAGGACCUUGAAAAAUAAUCGCACAUUUAAUCGCAAUCGCAAUAUUGAGAGAAAAAAAUCGCAAUUAGAUCAUUUUCCAAAAUCGUUCAGCCCUUGACCGCACCGACCUCACAUCAGUGCUGUGACUCACUUGUCAGCCAUUGCUGUCCUCAAUGUAGUUCCAGUGAUUGCCUUUAAUUCCUGUCUGUGAUGCAUCACAAAGCCGUGUCUGACACUCAGUGCCAUCACUUUAAGUGUGUCAGCAAUAACAAACUGAAUCCAAUUUAGACUUGAAUUACGAGAGGAUAAGGUCUCUGAGGAAGGUCUGGGCUGUAUGGCUUCACAAGUUUCAGCUUACCCAUCUCACCUGCACCCAGCGCCGACAAGUGCCUUAGAAACCACAAGUGAUACCAGCAGAGGCGAAGCCCAGCGGCGUCCUACCACCAGCAGAGCCUUUCAGCAGCGACAUCUGCCCAAGACAUAUGUGAUCGGAGUGAACUACGGCAUCGCCCACCCCAACAACGUUGUCCCUUCCUGUGCCAAGUUGGGAACACGGCAAGGGCUCUGCACUGGGGCGACACAUUGGUGGUCGCUGGAGGACAAAAGCUGGGAGAGACCGGGUCAGGCUGCUGCUCAGGGUCGCCAGGGCUCUCUCGGCCGGGACGUGAACUGUGUUGGAUCUCCAGCUGGCGGAGCGGUGUUGGACUGCGGGCUGCUGCAGGGGCCCAGUAACAGACCAGCGAGGGAGGGUGGGGGCAGAUGGCCGUAUGCUAAGCUCGACACGCGUCAGAAAUGCAAGAAGCCCGUCAGUGAAGUCGGAGAACAACGGCCGGAGAAGAGCUGUGUGACGACCAUGCAGAUAGUGGAGGAGAUUUUUCCUCCUAUGCCUCCCCCCGUGGCGAUGUUACCAACCAGCUCUGGGAAUAAUGGAGGCGGGGCUAAUCGAUCUGAAGCUGCCGUGUUGGACGUGGCCAAAGUCAGGCCUAAUGGAAGCACUGGAGUUGGGGCUGGUGCGCUGGUGACCAGGUCGGGAACCACAGAUGGAGACUACCAGCUGGUGCAGCACGAGGUUCUGUGCUCCAUGAAAAACAGCUAUGAGGUCCUGGAGUUCCUGGGCCGUGGCACCUUUGGACAAGUGGUGAAAUGCUGGAAGAGGGGAACCAGUGAAGUGGUGGCCAUCAAAAUCCUGAAGAAUCACCCGUCCUAUGCACGUCAGGGACAGAUCGAGGUGGAGAUCCUGGCGCGUCUGAGCAGUGAGAACGCCGACGAGCACCAUGUGGUGCGAGCUCUGGAGUGCUUUCAGCACCACAGCCACACCUGCCUGGUGUUCGAGAUGCUGGAGCAGAACCUGUAUGACUUCCUCAAGCAGAACAAGUUCAGCCCACUGCCGCUGAAGAUCAUCCGGCCCAUUCUGCUGCAGGUGGCCACGGCUCUGAAGAAGCUCAAGUCUCUGGGUUUGAUCCACGCUGACCUCAAACCUGAGAACAUCAUGCUGGUGGACCCGUCCAGACAGCCGUACAGAGUGAAGGUCAUUGACUUUGGCUCAGCCAGUCAUGUGUCCAAGGCGGUCUGCUCCACCUACCUGCAGUCCCGUUAUUACAGAGCUCCAGAGAUUAUUUUGGGGCUACCGUUUUCCGAGGCCAUCGACAUGUGGUCACUGGGCUGUGUGAUCGCCGAGCUCUUCCUGGGCUGGCCCCUCUACCCGGGAGCACUGGAAUAUGACCAGAUCCGCUACAUCUCUCAGACUCAGGGUCUACCAGAAGAGCAUCUGCUCAACAAGGGCACCAAAACCUCUCGCUUCUUCUCCAAAGAGUCUGACUCUCCGUACGCCUCCUGGAGACUGAAGACGACAGAAGAGCAUGAGAAAGAGACGGGUCUGAAAUCCAAAGAAGCCAGGAAGUACAUCUUCAGCUGCCUGGAUGACAUGGCACACGUCAACUUGGUGCUGACUUCCGUCGACACCGUUGACAUGGAGGCGGAGAAGACGGACCGGCGAGAGUUUGUGUCGCUGCUGAGGAGCAUGCUGCUCAUCGAUGCGGAGGAGCGCACCGUUCCCUCCAGCGUCCUCCUUCACCCCUUCCUCACCAUGACUCACCUGCUGGACUUCCCUCGCAGCAACCAUGUCCAGUCCUCCUUCCGCAUCAUGGACGUGUGCCACGGACGCUCUGCCGGGGCCCUCUUCGAUGCCCUCAACCAGAACACCAUUGCCUUCUCCAGACCUCCCGUGGGCCCCACUCUGGGCUACAGCAACGUGCCGCUCCACGCUCAGAACAUGGCCCAGUCGGCAGCGUCACUGUUGCAUCCUGGGAUAGCCCUGGGCGCCGGGAGCGGCCACUUCGGUUGCAGCGACUCCUUCCCGCCUGCCCUGUUGCUGUGUCCUCCGGCCGUGCAAGGAAAUCUGAACCAGCCAGCAGGAUAUUCGCUUCCCAUGGUCACUCAAGCGCCACCCGUGCAGCCCCUCCCGCUGAGGCCCGGCAUCAUGGCCCAGCAGCAGCUCCUGGUCCCGACGGCCUGGCAGCAGAUGACGGCAGUGGCUCCCCCCCCCUCGCACCCUCCAGCCCCCCUCGCCGGUGACUCCACGGCAGCUCCGCAGAGGAUCAGCGACUGGGGCCGUUUCAGCGGCGUCAUGCAGCAGAUGGGCGCCGCCUCUGGCCGCCAGCCAAUCACCGUCGGUGUUGCUCACGUGGUGUGGCCUCAGCCUGCCGCCAAGAGGAACAGGCAGGCUCUCAACAACAGGAACCUGGCCCACCACCUGUGGCGCUGUCCCAGCCCCAGGAUGGCCGGGAUCGUUGGGCAGGUGGUGAAGCAGCAGCCCCAGAGCCGGGCUCCUCCUGUGGAAGCAGUCGGCUCAGAGGCGGAGGAGGACGGCGGCGGCGCCCAGCGAGACGCGGCGGUCCUCAUGGCGGACUCUCCCAGCCCGGCGCCGAGUGUCAUCAGCAUUCACAGCCAAGUGACGGACGGAGAGGAGGAGGAGCAAGAGGACGGCGGCCGGACGUGUCGGCUGAGCCAGUGUCAGGAGAAGUGCGUGUGUGAGACCUGCAGCGCCAGUGUGGCCAUGGAGCGAGUCUGUUCCCUCAGCAGCCCAGACAGCAGCCUCAGCACCGCCUCUCUCCAGUCCAGCCCCUCGCUCUCGCCCUGCAAGAGACUCAACAGCAUGUCUGAAGACGACAGCCAGGAGAGCGGCUGCGACACGGUGGAGGCCUCGCCGCGUGGCAACCGCGCCUACCGUUACCACCACCACCACCACCACAACAACCGCCCCCCCUCAUCCGCCGUGGUGCCACCCUGCCCUGCCGCCCGGGGCCGGAGCCCUCGUGCCGUCAGGACCAUGGUGGUGCCUCCAAUGAGAGCGCAGAAUGGCAACAGUCGGGCGUCGGCAGAGCCACUCCAGAGGACAGAGUCCUGGAGCCGAUCCAGGGGCCGCUGCAGCAGCAAGAGCUCGGCCGCCUCCGGCCCCGCCCUCUUCCCCCCCCCGGGCUUCGGACAGCAGGUGCAGCCCUACCUGUCCAGCCACGGCACCAAAGAGCGGAGCUGCAAGUUUGGGCCGCCGCGGCGGCCGCAGGCCUUCAUCCCUCCCACGGUCCACGCUCACGCCGCCGCCCCCCCCACUCACGCCCUGCUGUCCUACCCCCACCCCAUCCUGCCCUCUCGCCCCCCCCUCCUGCAGCACAGCUACGCUCUCUCUCACCAGCCAGGGGGCGCUAUAGUUCAGCAGCUGACUCUGGGCAUGGGCGCCCCCCACGCCCCACACCGCUUCCUGCCUUCUCCCACCGUCCACCCGCCCCCCUUCCCCGUCCCUCACCCCUUCAUGACCUCCCCCGCCACCUACGCUGGCUUCCCCCUGGCCCCCAGCAAGCUGAGCCACCACUUCUCCUUCAUCUAAGGAGGCGGGCGGCGCCGCGGCAGGUGCUGCUGCUCAGGUGGGCCGCCAACACACCCCACUGAUGACGGGCUCCUGGCUGGGGAAAGGACCUGUCUCUCUUGUCUUGUGCAGCACGUGCUCGCCGGCGCCACCUGCCGAAGCCAUCGCCGUCACGUGUGUUUUCUGUCCUCUGCGUGUCUGUCGCCGCCGCAGGACGCGCCGACCAUGUGAGGGCCGUGUUUCAUGGAGAAGCUUUUUUAGGAUGUGGCUCCUCCUCCUCCUCCUCCAGGUUUGAUUCUUUCUUCACGGUUAGUGUUUCACCGCAGAGGUGUUGAGAGUGAUUUGGGGAAUUAGAUGUUAGAAGAUAGAAUGAGACCAGGCCACCCGCGGGACUGCGGGGUGCCCCCUGGUGGGACGGCAGUCCUCCCUCCGGCCGCCGCCUCAGUGCCUUAGCCGCCAGCCUUCAGGAGCACGUUUGCGCCGGCUCGCAGCACUUAGCCCUUCAGACUCUGGACGAGAUGCUUUUAUUUUGUUGGUGGCUUUGAGACUUGGACUUUAGCUCGUGGCUGCACUCGUCCGGGCCUUCGACCGAAGACCUCGUUUGUAUAUAGAGAGAGCGACGGCUUGUGCUCCCUCCAGUACUCUGCUCUCCGCAGUAUUGUCACUGUUUACUCUACCUGCAAUACAAUCUCCACGCCUCUGGGUGGCAGUCUUGCUGCUCUGCGUCCCAGCUAGACGUGCGUGCGCUUCUCAGUGUUGACUCGGCGUCGUGGAUGAAGUUGAUACAUUCCUUCAGGAAGGUGGGAGUGGAGCGCCGCGCCGCGCCGCACCAAAGACGUCAGUGUCCGGAAUGUGUGGAGGAAAGCGCUGCUACAUCCCCAGCAGCAGCAGCAGCAGCCGCCGCCGCCGCCGCGUGGCUGUUCCCGUGCCAGCGGCUGGACUCGGCCUUCUCUUGUGUGAAGUGGUUUUCCUUUUGUAAACUGCUGUAUUGAGGUGUUUUGUAUCCUUCACUGGGGUGUGAUCUCUCUGUACUGUAGCCGCUCGAGUGCCUUUUGAUUUGGGGAUCCGUGGCCCCAACACCUGAGUCAGGGACCGUCUGUGGCCCCCGCACCCACUCAGAGAGGGUCCUGAGCGCACAGAAGCAGGCUCCCUGCCCCAGCCUCUUUCUCCUCCCGUCUCAAGAGACCUGUGCUGACAGCAGCCGCGCCGCUCUCUGGCCCCUGGACUCGUUCCUGUGUUCUAUUGCUGUCACCUGAGCAGCGCCGGUGACCCGGCGCUCAGAUAACCACCGUGAUGUGCAUGAAACCUCUGCUCAGAAAUCCCCCCCGAACACAUGGCUCACCUGAACCAGGACUCUGGACCGGGUUAUAAUGACCAGUCAAUUUGAAGUCUUCAUCCUCAAAUUGAGGUUUGGACCUGAGGGGAGCGGCAUAAGGUCCCCACGAGGAUAGUGCUUUGUCAGGAAUUGGUCCCCACGAGGCGGAAUAAACCAGCCCGCACACAUACACACGUUUGUGCUCCACCUGCAGCAGCUGUGUUGACAGCAGACCACAUGAUCGGUCACAUGACACGCGGGGUUCCACAUGUAGCUUCUGCACUGUGCGAUAUUCAGCAGCGAGCGUCUCCCCCACCUCUGUGUGACCCGGGUCAUCGGGACUCGGGCAGGAAAAGCGGGUUCUUUCUCGGCGACUCUUGUUUUGGUGUCAGAUGAUGAGUUGAUGGUGCAGCGAUGAUGUCGAGAUUCACUUGGAAUUAA